CGAUUUUCGCACGGAGCACGGCAGUCGAAAAAAUUUGAAAGAAGCAUUCAACAGCAGCGGCCCGCCGACUGAGACAAAAUUAAUAUUUUUACUUGACCAAUCCAAAUAAAAAAUAGUUUAAUUUGUAAACUGGCGAACUGAGAUAUUUAGCUAGCUGUGAAGACGUCUUUUGACACGAAACCCAAAACCUAAAAACGAAAAUCAUACGAAAGAGAACCCCACGAAACCACUCAGAACUUGUCACCCUUUCUAGGCCAUUUUAUAAUCCAAUACUAAAGCUAAAACAAAAUGUUCGCACUGUGGUAUUUAACAUUCGCUGUCGACGAAAUACGCAAACGAUUAGCUUGGUUGUUUAGUUCCAACAAGCCAGCAGCUCCAGCUUUAGACAACAAGCCAGCGGAUCCUGCUCCUGCAAAGGUUCCCACUCCGGCCCCAGCUCCUCCCAAGGAAUCUCCACCUGCGAAGGAACCUGCUCCUGCGGCGAAACCUGCACCAAAGCCAGAGCCAUCCAAGCCAGCACCAGUUGUUGCGAAGCCCAGUUCCCCGCCUACUCCUCCAAAGGAAGAAGCCCCAGCUCCCAAGCCCGCACCCCAACCCACUCCUGCUCCGGUAGUUGCACCACCGAAACCAGCUACUCCCCCGAAACCAGCUUCUCCGGCGAAAGCAACCGACAAGAUGCCAAUCCCACUACCGAAAUCCCUGACUGAGGCCAAUACCAAUGGCGAGAAUGGAGCUCCCACCAACGGAAGCGCUGCCAAUGGCAGUGGCGGCAAUGUGGAUGAGAGGCUGCUGGCCGGCCACCAGCCAAACAAGCCGUUGGCCCAGGUCAAGGAUGCCACCCAGGACUUCAUCAAGGGCGAGACCAAUGCCUUCAUCCAGUCGAUCAAGGAGGCCCAGCUGCUGGGAGAGCUCAAACAAGACACCAUGGUUGAUGCCGCUGUUCUCGCUAAACUGGAGGAGGGUUAUGCCAAGCUGGCUGCCUCCGACUCCAAGUCGCUGUUGAAGAAGUACCUGACCAAGGAGGUCUUCGACAACCUGAAGAACAAGGUGACCCCCACCUUCAAGUCGACCCUGCUGGAUGUGAUCCAGUCUGGCCUGGAGAACCACGAUUCCGGUGUUGGCAUCUACGCCCCCGAUGCCGAGGCCUACACAGUGUUCGCCGACCUGUUCGACCCCAUCAUCGAGGACUACCAUGGUGGCUUCAAGAAGACCGACAAGCACCCGGCCUCCAACUUCGGAGAUGUUGCCACCUUCGGCAACGUUGAUCCCACCAACGAGUACGUGAUCUCCACUCGCGUCCGUUGCGGCCGCUCCAUGCAGGGAUACCCAUUCAACCCCUGCUUGACCGAGGCCCAGUACAAGGAGAUGGAGGGCAAGGUUAGCUCCACCCUCUCCGGACUCGAGGGCGAGCUUAAGGGCAAGUUCUACCCUCUGACCGGCAUGGAGAAGGCCGUCCAGCAGCAGCUGAUCGACGACCACUUCCUGUUCAAGGAGGGCGAUCGCUUCCUGCAGACCGCCAACGCUUGCCGCUACUGGCCCAGCGGUCGUGGCAUCUACCACAACGAUGCCAAGACCUUCCUGGUCUGGUGCAACGAGGAGGAUCACCUCCGCAUCAUCUCAAUGCAGCAGGGCGGUGACUUGGGCCAGAUCUACAAGCGUCUGGUGACUGCCGUCAACGAGAUCGAGAAGCGUGUGCCCUUCAGCCACGACGACCGUCUCGGCUUCCUGACCUUCUGCCCCACCAACUUGGGCACCACCAUCCGCGCCUCCGUGCACAUCAAGGUCCCCAAGCUGGCCUCCAACAAGGCCAAGCUGGAGGAGGUCGCCGCCAAGUACAACCUGCAGGUGCGCGGCACCCGCGGCGAGCACACCGAGGCUGAGGGCGGUGUCUACGACAUCUCCAACAAGCGUCGCAUGGGUCUCACCGAAUUCGAUGCCGUCAAGGAGAUGUACGAUGGCAUCACCGAGCUGAUCAAGCUCGAGAAGAGCCUGUAAAUUGUUUGCACACCGCCGAGCAUCGUCCCCCCGGCGGCGCUGAUCUUGCACCUGGAACCACCACCUCUCCAACAGUAGUCGGCAGCCGGGGAACACGCAACAAUCAACAAAAAAAUAAAACAAAACAGUAAGAACAACUACGAUUAGCAGCAGCAGAUCUUUGGCUCGAGCUUGCGGCGAUGGUGCGGAUGGGAAGCAACUGUCCCAGCCCGGCGACUUUCGGCAUUUUCGUAUACUUUGAGAGUUGCGGGAACAGGCAGUGGUCUCGUCCUGCCACCCAUUGCACCCACCACCAAGCAGCAACAGCUAUUCAAUGGAUAACUAUUUGACAAAAAAAACAUUUGCUUAAUUACAACCAAACAACCAAACAAUGUAAAACAUUUUGACUUCUGUGUCAAGCAAAAACAAAAAAAGAACUUUAAAUACUUUUAUUUUAAGCCUUAAGUUUAUAAAAGAAUUAAAAUUAUUAAAAAAUAAAAAAAAAAAUCAAAUAAAAAACCCAA